AUGUUUGUGGCGAUAUCGGCACAGAAGGAGAAAGAGGUCAACCGACAUAUACAAGAAUUGAGGUAUCUCCUGCAAAAAGGACCGCAACUAAAAGUUUCACCCUUCGGUGCGUAA